AUGCAUUAUCUGGCAUCGGUGAACGGCCCUCUGGUGAUGUGUGGCACUGGCGAGACUGAGGGGUCAGCCCAGCUGGAGCUCGUGAGAAGGGGCGUGGCUCUCUUCCUCACCUACAAGCUCACCACCCAGGCCGGCACCCGCCCCUCCUCCAAGCCCCACCUCCUCACCGCCAACCCCUGCCCCUCCUCCUCCUCCUCCUCCUCCUCCACCACCACUGCCACCGCCGCCUCUCUCGCCCUCGACCCGGCUCUCUCGUCUCAGCUCGGCUCCUCGCUCACAGCCAAUCCCCUCAACGCCACUGCGGGCGCCACUGCUGGAGCCUCAUCCAGCCUUCUCAACACCUCCACGGGUGUUGGUGCUGCCGUGGGGGCGUCUCUUCCCAACGGAAUGCUGGAUGCAGCAGGCAGCGUCUCUGCCUCCACAGUGCUUCUCAACACGUCAGCUGGCAUUGGCGCCACAGUGGGGGCGUCUCUUCCCAACGGAACGGUGGACGCAGCAGGAGGUGUCCUAGCGUCUACUGGCCUCAUGGGCACAUCCGUGGGUGUUGGCGCUACCGUGGGGGCGUCUCUUCCCAACGGAAUGGGGAACACAGCAGGAGGUGUCUCGGCGUCCACCGCGCUGCUCAACACAUCUGCAGGGGUGGGCGCUGGUGCUGCAGUCUCCCUCCCCAACAGCUCUGUCGCUGCAGCGGGUGAUCUCUCUGCUUCCACCGCCCUCCUCAACACAUCCACCGGGGUAGGAGCCACGGCCAGGGUCUCCCUUCCCAACGGCACUGUCGGUGCAACGGGCGACGUUGCUGUGUCCACGGGGCUGCUCAACACGUCUGCUGGUGUUGGCGCCAGCAUUGGCGCUUCCCUUCCCACCGGCUCUGCCUCAGCAGCAGGAGGCCUCACUGCCUCCUCCAGUCUCCUCAACACGUCAGCCGGCGUGGGAGCAGGAGUGGGCAUGUCUCUCCCCAAUGGCUCCCUCUCGGCCUCUGCCUCCCUUGGUGCCUCCUCCCCUCUCCUCAACACUUCAGCUGGCGCUGGCGCUGCUGUCAACGCAGGCUCGGGCGGCGUCAACGCCAACCUCGGAGCCUCGGCAAACCUCGGCGGCUCGGUCUCCGGCCUCAUCUCCGGCGUGGGUGGGGCCGUGGGGAACCUCGUAGGCUCGGUGGGGAACCUGGCAGGCUCGGUGGUAGGCUCGGUGGGCAACAUGGGAGCCUCGGUUGGGGUUUCUCGCUCCCCGAUUGCGGUGCUGAAUGGUGGGUGGGUGGCUACCAGUGGUGGCGCCUACGCCAUGGUCGGGCAGACUCGAGUGUCGGCAGCGCUGGCAUCAACCCUCGUGACCCGCAUGUCCACCAACCUGCCCCUCUUCCUCUCCGUGCACGUGGGAGCGCAGGGCAGCCUUGUAGCCAGGAUGGAGUAG